AUGUCAACCCGCAAACCAAUAACCGCCUCCCAAAUCACCGCCCUAAACGAACUCCUCGAAAAACUGCCCACUCCCCACAACCUUAUCACCCCUUCCUCCCCAGACUACAGAAAAACUAUCCAACGCUGGUCCUCCGCCGCCGAAAAGCCCGCCGGGGCCUCUCUGAUCCCCGAAUCUGUCGCCGCAAUCUCAACUGCCGUCGCGUACGCCACCUCCGAAGGCCUCGACCUCGCCGUGCGCGGCGGCGGUCACUCCACCGCAGGUGCAAGCAGCACAGAUGGCGGGCUCCUGAUCGACCUGGGCAGCUCGAAGAAGUUCACAGAGGUCGACGUGGACACGGCGACGCAGCGGCUGGCCGUCGGCGGAGGGGCGGUCUGGGGUCAAGUCGACCAGGCCGGCUUCAAGGCGGGGCUUGCGACCGUGGGCGGGACAGUUGCGGACACCGGGGUGGGCGGGCUGACCCUGGGAGGCGGGUAUGGGUGGUUGUCGGGCAAACUGGGGCUGACGAUUGAUCAGCUGGUAUCUGUGACGCUUGUGUUGGCGUCCGGGGCGGUUGUGGUGGCGAGCAAGGAGGAGAAUCCGGAUUUGUUCUGGGGUCUCAGGGGCGCAGGGCAGAAUUUUGGUGUCGCGGUCAUGUUUGUGCUGCAGGGUCAUCCGUUUGGGAGUGGGCCGGUUGAGAAGAGGAUUGGUGGUGCGGACGGUGGGCAGGCGUAUGUUGGGAUGUUGAUGUGGCCGCCGCAGAAGUUGGCAGAGGUGAUUGCGGCCUGCAACAAGAUAUAUCGCCGCGACAAUAGUCUGGAUGCUAACGGGGCAGGGAGUAUAGCGUUCGCACGACCGCCUCCGGCCAGGGGCCAGCUGCUCGUCAUAAAGCAGAUCAUCUGGCUAGGCGACAAAGCAUCGGGCGAUGAAGCGUAUAAGGAUCUUCUUGAUCUCGACCCGGUCAUGAACACAAUGGCAAUGGUGGAUUAUCCCACCAUGAACAGCUUCAUGGGCAUCCCGUAUGGCCUGAGAGUGAGCAUGAAGGGGGCGGCUUUCAACUUGCCAAUAUCCGUCACCUUCGCCCAGCAAGUGCUUGACCAGUACGCCAAGUUCACAGAAGAAGUGAAUGAUGCGGCAGGCAGUAUGCUGUUGUUUGAGCUUUAUGAUCCGAGUAAAGUUGUGGCGAGUGCCAGCAAUACAGACAUGGCUUUCGGAAACCGCGGAUAUCACUUCAAUGCCAUGGUCGGGCCCAUGUGGACGCAAGCAGAGAAUGAUGACCGAUGCCGACAAUGGGCUCGUGACAUGGCGGCCCUGUUCAAAGAGCAGCUAAAGAAGGACGGCGAGGUUGUGUCCAAGGGGAACGAAUAUCCAACCAAGAAGUCAGAUGUUGGUGCGGUCAUGAUGUACGGGAACUAUGAUCAAUACGACGAAAACUCCAACGAUGUGUUCGGUGCCAAUUACGAUCGAUUGCAGAGGCUGAAGGCACAGUAUGACCCGACAAAUACCUUCUACAAACUGUUUGGCAUUAAGCCUUUGGCGCUACCAUAG